AUGGUGGUUCGCGAUUGGGCGCCCCAGUUGGAGAUUUUGUGGCAUUUUGCGGUUUCGGUGUUUCUGAGUCACUACGGGUGGAAAUCGGUGCUGGAAUCACUGAGUCGGGCGGUGCCUAUUCUAGGAUGGCCGACGGCGGCGGAGCAGUUUUACAACUGCAAGUUGUUGGAGGAAGAGGUUGGGAUAUGCGUGGAGGUUGCGAGAGGGAAGAGUUGUGAAGUUAAGUGUCAUGAUAUUGGGGAAAAAAUUGCUUUGGUGAUGGAGGAGACAAAGAAAGGGAUUGCCAUUUCCAUGAGAAAGAAAGCUGGUUACGUUAGAGAUGUAACCAGGGAUGCUGUGAAAGAUGAACCUCUUUUGUUGAGUUUUGACCCUCCAUUCCAGAAACAUGCUUAUUGGUUACCUGACGGUGAACAGAUGAUGCCUAAGCCAAAGGAGGAGCAAGAAGUGAGGAAAGCGGUGAUUAGGAAGGAAAGCUUGAAGGUAGAACCGCCUACUGCCCAGCACUCUUUGCAUUCUCUCCUCACUACACGGCUGUAUUACACUCUCCUACAUUACUCUUCAUUACAUUCUGGUGGAAAACUACACUACACUACUGGAAAUCACACUACUGGAAUGGGAGCUACUGGAAGAAAAAUGGGAGCUACUGGAACUCUGGAAGAGAGCCUCUCCCCAGGCCGUAACCACUCACUGAAGGCUGCUCCCACUCCCCUUUAUUGCUGCCGUGAGUUCAGCUGCUUGCUUCUCUUCUCCAUUCCAUUCAGUCGUGUUUGUCUCUAUGUGGGCUCUUCUUCCAGCCGUCCAAGAGCACCACUCACCCUUUACGUGGACCAGUCCCUUGCUGCCAUCUUCUCUGCUGUUGGACGAAGCUUGCUGACCCUGGACCGUGAGCUUCUACUGCCAAGAGUGUUGGACAUGAAUGUGGCUGCUGCCGUACCGUGA